UUCAUCACAGGAACUGGAGUACCUCACGGGGAUCUAGUAAGAACUUGCUGCAGGGAGGGUGAUGAGGUUACACUGCAACGAACGAACGAAAAGAGAGAGAGAAGGAGAGAGAGAGAGGAUUAGUGGGUCUACGGGCUCAGGUCGGCGCUGCGAUCGCGGAAUUAACGUCGGGUGGCAGAGUCGGUGACGACGUUUCCCUGCCGUGCCACCUUCGUAGCUUCCCCGCGUCCUCACCCUCAUUCCUAAUUCGGCAUCAAUGCAUCACUGUAAGUUACCGGACAAGUGUUGCCUGCGGUGUACAAUCAAAGUCUGGCUCUGCUGUCGCGUCCGAUUGUGACGAGGAUUUGGGGUUUGGAAUGCCGCUUCAAAAAUUCACAACAGCAAACUCCCACGUCCGGCAUGGUGCGAGUUUUAUCGACUUGUGGUGAUGAGCAAGCAGCAGGUGUGAUGGACGUCGGCAAAUACAUGUGUUGAGAUCUCAAAACAGGAUUUCUUCAGUUCGCAGCUGAAUAUAAGUAUCUAGCGGAUAGUUGGCCAGGUUGCAGCUUACACUCCAGUUUUCCCAUACCGGGUGUAGGUGGAUUUUGGAUGGAAAGAGGUGCCGCGGACUCUUCCCUCUCGAGAUCGUUUCUCUGAAUUAGAGCACCAUGAAUAUUGCUCGGCGUAACCGCGUUCGUCCCUUCAUUAGUAUAGUUUCAUUCGUCUUCUUCUUAACUCUUCUCCGCACGCAUACCGACUGGGUUCCUUCAUCGUCUUCACUUGCCAAAGGGCAAACUGCUUCAUAUGCCGUAGGUUAUUUGGGAAUCGAGAAAUGGAGAGGCACAGGCCGACGUGUGUUAGGAUUGCACUCUGAGAAUGAGUCGAUCAUAUCUGAGAUUACGAAUAAUACUUCACCAAACGCUCCGAGGAGAAAGAAGAUCACAAGACCAUGUACGAAUGUGCGGGAGCACAUUGGAUUUCCCGAUGAAUGCAGUUACGUGCGUGCCAAUACAGAGUGCAGCUCCGGGACGCUUAUAGAAUACGUCACUGCGUAUUACUGCACGUUCUCGAAGGCGCCGAUUCUCGCCUACGUUUUGUUCUUUGUGUGGCUCUUCAUGCUCUUUUACAUGUUGGGAAACACAGCUGCGGAUUAUUUCUGUUUCUCUUUGGAGAAGCUCUCGGAGCUGUUGCGGCUUCCUCCCACUGUGUCUGGGGUGUCCCUCCUCCCUUUGGGAAAUGGAGCACCUGACGUGUUUUCCAGCAUUGCGUCGUUUCUGGGGACGGAACACAGUCAGGUUGGCUUGAACAGUGUUCUUGGAGGCGCAGUCUUUGUUACAUCGGUGGUGGCCGGAUCGGUGAGUUUGGCUGUGCAGCCGACGGGCCCGGCAGGAGUUCGUCCUCAGCUCGAUUGCAUUUGCUUCUUAAGGGAUGUGGGGUUUUUUAUGGGCUCUUUGGCGAUCCUUUCAUUCAUCAUUUACCAAGGGAAGAUAAGUUUUGCGGGAUCUGUUGGGUAUUUAUCUUUAUAUGUGCUAUAUGGGAUCAUAGUAGCCACGUACGAGUUGAUCAAGAAGCGAAAUCGCAAGAAUCGACGUCUGCAUCUGGAACCACUUCUUUCAAAUGAAGGUUUGGAAGACACAUUGGAAACAAGCUCUGAAGCUACAGACGAAUCUCCGUCCUCUGGCGCCGACUUGCCCCCUCACAGAUGGGAUUGGCGAGAAACGCAUCACGUUGCAAUAUUCUCACAAACUAGCCUGGCAGCCGCAUUAGAAGCUACCAUGACGGAGCCUGAUCAUGGAGAUUACACUGUGCCGCCAAAUGAGGAAGUACCGACAGCGGAGGAACCAGCUUGUGGAGCGUUGUGUGGGGAGAUGCUAGACUUGCCGCUGAGUCUACCACGACGUCUCACGAUCCCUAUUAUAGAGGAGGAUCGAUGGUCCAAGCCAUUCGCCGUCGCUAGCGCAACCUUGGCUCCGUCACUGUUAGCAGGAGUGUGGGAUGGCAACGACGGGGAUCCGUUCGGCAGCAGCCUCAGCGUGUACUUACUUGCCUUGGCCGUCGGGAUCGUACUCGGCAUUCUCGCAUACCGAAACCUGGACAAGGACCGCCCGCCAACCCGCUGGGUCAUGCCAUGGGUGCUGGGAGGGUUCAUAAUGAGCAUCGUGUGGUUUUACCUCAUCGCCAACGAACUCGUAGCCGUUCUGGUGGCGUUUGGUGUGAUUCUCGAGAUCGAUUCGGCCAUCUUGGGGCUCACGGUGCUGGCAUGGGGGAAUUCCAUCGGAGACCUGAUAUCCAAUCUAGCACUGGCGUGCAACGGAGGGGACGGAGUGCAAAUCGCCAUCUCGGGUUGCUACGCAGGGCCCAUGUUCAACACAGUCGUGGGAUUGGGCUUGUCUUUUGUUCUGGCGAGCUGGAAUCGGUUUCCAGAACCCCUCAUCCUUCCCGAUGACGAUACCGUCAUCUACACAAUCGGCUUCCUCUUCCUCAGCCUUGUUUGGGCGUUAGGGGCACUGCCGACUCGCGGCAUGAAGCCCAACAAGAUCAUGGGAGUAGGGCUUCUGUUCUUGUAUAUUUCCUUCAUGGCGUUGCGGCUGGCGGACAUUCUAGGGAUUAUUUCCCUCGAGGGUUUCAAUCUAGGUUCUUCACCGGGCUUCUUGGGUGUAAGAGUUGUGUAACGACGAAAUUAAGAGUGGGAUUGGGAGCUGUUCUUUGUUAGAUGGUUUUAGCGGCAGAGGAGAGAUGCAAGCGUCAACUCUCUUCAGACGGAUGUGGGCUGGCUCUAGGUGUAUAUUAGGUGUAAAAAACGGACGAAGUAAUCUUCUCGAUUAAAAACAAGGCAUGGUGACACCAUCUGGUGUCAACAAUUAGUUAAGGCUUUGCCCACCUCCAUGUUGUCAGUCCGUUCUCGUGCAACAGGCUGGAUUGUAGUCUAUUGAACCUCGGGGCUUGAAGCUGCGCCUUGCAAUUCAGACAGGGAUUUCUUCGAUAGAUGCUACUGGUUCAGUGUAGAUCAUUUAUUGAAUUGGGUGGAACGAGGGGUUGCUGGAUUCCAACAGAUAGUUUGUUGGUUCCGACCUCAACGCCGCACGUAUCUGGUGGGGACAUUUCAACACACUUGUUCUUCUCUGUUGUUAAUUAGUUACCGUUGCGAAAAAGAAUAAAAGUAAAAGCAAAGAGAAAAAAGAAAGGACGUGUUGGAAUCUA